AAAGUGUGUUUAUAUUAUUAAUAAUUUAGAGGACAGAUAAUCAACUAAUAGUUUGGAGACAAUAAAUUUUUUUACUAACAAAUAACUGUUGAUUAACUAAAUUAAAAAACAAAAAAAUUACCAUGGAUAUUAUUGAACCCGAUGUUUAUGCUAAACAAAAAAGUAAUGCCCAACUAAUAGCUAUGCAAUCAAUUGAUAGUCUAAACACGUAUAACAACAAUAAAUCAUACGAUCAGAUUGUGGACAUCGGUUGCGGUGACGGCGAUAUAACCAAACAAUUACUCGGCAAACAUAUCCGGCAUAAACAUAUACUGGCCAUAGAUGUCCUGCCCGAUAUGAUAACGUAUGCCCGCAAUCAUAAUUCAGAUGAUACUAUUGAAUAUCUAGUACAAGACAUGUCCGUCGAGUGGCCACUGAUCAGUAGUCCACGACUGCGGCAAUUGGCCGGCAAUGUUGACCUAAUAUUUUCUAACUUAGCACUUGAAUAUAUGGCCGACAAACGGCAAAUAGUCGAUACAUUCGGUCAGUUGUUGUCCACGGGCGGCGUAUUUCACGCCAAUCUGGUUAUUAUGGAAGAUAUUAACAAACGAUUGGCCAGUUAUGGUCGGCCGCCGAAACAACAAUGGUAUCAAUCGCGUGAAAAGCAAUUAGACAAUUGGCGUCAAAGUCUAUCAUCGGAUAAUCAGUUUCUGGUCAAACAGUUUGAGAUUAUUGAUGUCUGUUGGCCUACGGAUAGACAGAAAAUGAUUGACUUUAUGCCAAUUAUUAUAUCAAAAUAUCGGCAAUUUUUCCAAAAUACCGAUGACUUUGAGUCGGAAAAAAUUGAUCACUUAUGGGAUACGGCUUUCGAUGCGUUGGUCAACCCGACGGCCGAUACACCCAACCCCAGGGCGUGGCAACAGUUUUUGGCCGAUCCGACCGUUACGGUAGUCAAUCGUUACCAUCAAUUGCUGAGAAUAACUGCUGUUAAACAAUAAGAUAAAUUGAUUUUAUUUUUAUUUUUUAAAUAAUGUUUUUAUUGUUUAUUAAUUAAUUAAGUAAUUAAUUAAUUAUAACUUUUUCUU